UAGUGGUCUCCGAUCGUUUGAAAAGCGAGCGGCUCGGAGCCGCCGCACCGGACGGGAGAUAUGCGCAGCAAGCAGCAGCCCAGGCCUUCUUUCCGAUGGCCGCAACAACGCGGUGAUAACCUUACCGGGGAGGACGGCGUCGAAGGCUCUGCGCCCGGUACGGACCUCCAAGGCGAGGAGGGCGAUUGCGUCGACGAGGAUGGCCCUAUUAGCCCCAGCGAGAGGGGCUGCGCGCCCGCUGCGAAGGAGGACGAAGAUGCUGAGGGAACGGACGAAGAGGACGAUGAGGAGGCAUCGCCACCUACACCUCCACCUUCUGCCACCUCGAGGUUAAACCCGACUAUCUUGCGAGAUACGGGACCUCCAGAUAGGGAGCCAAUGAGUCCGCGCUGUCCCUCGAGAGAUUCUCGGGAAUCAUCCGGUCCGACGACCGGAAGUCCCCCACCACCUGCUACCAGGAGCAGCGCGAGCCCAGUCAGUCCAAGUAGUAUCGUGCCUCUACCCCUUGGAACUCACUCCCUGCUACCAUCCCAUUCGGCAGCGGUCAUGGCGGCAUAUCUGCAACAAACCCAUCAGCGUCUUCUCCUCGGCCACUCGCCGUUAUCGCGUGGCUCGGUGUCGCCGUUAGUUUCCUCCUCGUGUUCACCACCAGCCGCCACCCCCGGCCUCUUGGUGUCGCCUACCAGCAUUGGAGAGAUUUCGCCAUCAGCGACACCUCUGCCAGCUGUGCUAGACUUUAGCACGAGAAAAACAUCCUCGACUGAAGAAGACGAGGAGGAACAGAUAUUAAAUCUCAGCAAACCACCUACGCCGUCUUCCUCGACGGAGACGAAUAAUGGUCCGUUGGAUCUUUCGGUAUCCAGCAGGAAACGACCUGGUCCGGAAGAUUCGCCACCACCACCACCUCGCAAGUCGUCAAGACUGGGUUCCACGACAAGUUCCACGAGCCAUCAGGAAGCAGCACCAGGAGUUGCGCCAUCAGGUUUCGGUAGACCCCCCGUGGUGUCUCCCUGGACGUCGCCGGUGGUGGCCACGCACUUUCCGUACUUCGCCGCAGCGGUAGCGGCAGCGGCUACUAGUCAGCAGCAGCUUUCGCCGAAAAGCACCAGCGGAGUGGUGGAUCAUCAUCAGCUUUGGAAUGGGAAGAUGAAGCCGCCGGCCGCGUUGGAAAAGCCAUAUCAACCUAGUGAGGCUACAAAGGCGCUCGAAAAAAUGAGCGAGCUGAGCAAGCUGGGCGGAGAGGAUCUCUUUAGGUCGUCUUCUGGAAGUGGUGCUACAGCAGCAGGUGCCAAUGCGCCAGCGACGACAUCGAGCAGUCGUCACAGCGCUUGGCAAUCUCACUGGUUGAAUAAAGGUGCCGAUCAAGCGAAGGAUGUUCUAAAAUGCGUGUGGUGCAAACAAAGUUUCCCGACUUUGGCCGCAAUGACGACGCACAUGAAGGAAGCGAAGCACUGCGGCGUGAACAUGCCGGUACCACCGCCAGUACCAGGAAUUCAUUCACAGCAGACGACAAUGCCCACUAUACCACCGCCUCAACAACCGCAUCAACCGCAGACAUCUACCGGCAAUACUGGCAGCAACACUUCGGGUACACCUAGCAGCAAACAAAGUCCAUCCGAUUUGAAUCUACUGAUUAAAGAAACGAUGCCACUGCCGCGGAAACUCGUGCGAGGCCAAGAUGUCUGGUUAGGUAAGGGAGCUGAACAAACACGACAGAUUCUAAAAUGUAUGUGGUGCGGACAGAGUUUCCGUUCACUAGCUGAGAUGACUUCGCAUAUGCAGCAAACGCAACAUUAUACGAACAUCAUCUCUCAAGAACAGAUAAUAUCUUGGAAAUCAUCGGAUGAGAGCAAGGGCGGUAAUUCUACAGGCGCUGGCGGGGGUAGCGGAAGUGUCGCUAGUGGAGGAGGCACAGGGGUACAGCCGGGUGGAGGGUCUGGACCUCACAGCGGAAAUAAUGGUGGUCCCGGAGCAGGCGCCACAAGCAGUCACGUUAGCGCCGUGCUGACCUGUAAGGUUUGCGAUCAAGCAUUUAGCUCCUUGAAAGAAUUGAGCAAUCACAUGGUAAAGAAUUCGCAUUACAAGGAGCAUAUAAUGCGGUCGAUUACAGAAAGUGGUGGACGUCGGCGGCAAACGCGCGAGAAGCGAAAAAAGUCACUGCCCGUGAGAAAAUUAUUAGAGCUAGAACGCGCGCAAAAUGAAUUCAAGAAUGGCGACGCUGCUGCGGGUUUGACUCAUAGUCUCGGAAAGCAUGCUGGCAGAAUCACGUGCGAGAAAUGUGGUGAGAAGAUAGAAACCCCGCUUUUUGUCGAGCACAUACGUCAGUGCAUCGGUGCGGGCACAGUGGGUGCUAAUCAGCGGAACUUUUUGAAGAACGCGCUCAUGUCCAAUCAUUUGCCCGCAACGAUACCACCAACCGAGAGCGGACGUAAGAGCGUCAACGAGGAAACAUCUUCGAUAUCGUCGAGGCAUCACCGGUCUCCAUCUUCGGCCAGCGACGCGACUACGCCAGGAAAAGAUACUCCUACACCAACUGCUAAUGAAACUACUGCUCCCAUGGGUACCUCACCGUCGGUUUUAAAUGCAAUAGAGAAGCUCAUCGAGAAGAGUUUCGAUUCUCGCGUGAGGCACGGUACGCCCGGCUUGCAUCACGCUCAACCUGGUGCGCCAAUGGGUACGAGCAUUCUUAAGCGUUUGGGUAUCGACGAGAGUGUAGAUUACACAAAACCUCUGGUAGAUCCGCAAACAAUGAAUCUGCUUCGAUCUUAUCAACAGCAACAUCAACAGCAACAUUACAAUGCCAAUGCCGCGGCGAGAAGGGAGCGAAGCGGCAGCGAGUCUAGUUCGAUAUCAGAGCGAGGAAGCGGUAGGACGGAUACUAUGACACCGGAGAGACGCAUGGACCUGACUAACACGAGUCACGAAAGACAUUCGAGUUCUUUGCCUCAUCAUCAUCGCGUCACUCCCGAGAAGCAGGCCGCUUCGUUACCUAGUCGCCAUCAUCAAACCGCGGAAGAAUCCGGAGACGAAGAGUCAUCUACUGUGGUAGUAAAGAAAGAACCGAGGGACGAGGAAACAGAAGAACGAAGCGCAAACGAGGAGGAGCAACAACAGUCGCAAUCGACGAGGGAAGUGUUCGUGAAGAAGGAGAUAGUAGAUGACUGCAGGGACGAGGAGGAUCAGAGUUCCUACAAUCACCGAAGAAGUAGCCUUCAUGAGACACCGGAAGAUGGACGAGAGGUUCUAUCACCUCGUAUGAAUCCACCUACGCCUCGACCAACUAGCCAAGUGGAACAGGUCGCGCGUAGUCCUUGUAGAAACAGCACGAGUAGUCCCACUAGCAGCGAUCGGUCGGUCACGCCACGAGGUACACCUGACACUAAGGCAUCCAGCAGUCUCGGAGCGCUUUCCUCCAUGUUCGACAACUUGUCCGGCGGUGGUGGUAGUGGCAGCGGCAAUAACGUCGACUCGCAAGGACGUAAAACAAGCAGCCAUCCUCUCGCGGCAUUGCAAAAAUUAUGCGAUAAGACAGAAACGCGAGGUCCCGGUGCUAGCGGCACCUCUAGAUCCGGAGGUAGUUCUGCAGCUAAUACCAUCGGUUCGGGCAGCGGUAGUACGGUAGGGGUGUCUGGUCCAGGUCCUGGUCCAACCCCAGGUGCAAUCUUGGCUUUCAGCUGGGCAUGCAACGAUGCUGUGGUCACAGCGGAUUCAAUAAUGAAGUGUGCAUUUUGCGAUACGCCCUUUAUUUCGAAAGGUGCGUACAGGCAUCACCUGUCCAAGAUGCACUUUGUCAAAGAUGGCGUCAUCCCGGAUCCAUUGACCAUCGGCAGAUCAGCGGCAGCGGCCGCGGCCGCGGCCGCCGCGGCAGUUUCCCAGGGCUCUUCCAGUGGGCCGAGCCGUAACUCCUCGUCGCCACCAACGUCGCAGCGCAACAAGUCGCCGCCGAUUCCACAGGCAAACGGCAGCCCGUCGCAGUCAGCGGCCUCACCCCUCGAGGAGAGCCCGCACUCCAAAUUUCUCAAGUAUACGGAGCUGGCAAAGCAAUUGUCCAGCAAGUACGUAUAGUCCGAGCCCCGUAAGUAGCGGUGCCACUUGUACAUAAGUGUAUCUAUAUUGUAACGACUGUAAAACUAGCGAUGUGAAAAUUUUCAUCCCCUUUUCCCGCGAAAAACCGCUGCGCCGAAAGACGUCGUCGUGCAUCCGACGUCUUCGGAUUUAUGCUUAAAGAGGCUGUGUCGUGGCUAUAUUGAUAAUGGAAAAGAGAUCAUAUGAGAACUCGUACAAUUAUAAAAUAAUUUCACAUUAUCAUCUAUAUUUGAUACAAAUCUUGUAUUCUUAUUAUUGUAAGAGUAUACAGAGUUGAAUCAUAUUAUAUUUGUAGUUUUCUUGUAAUUAAUAUAUAUUUACAAAUCAAUGACUGAAAUCGAUAUAAAUUUACUGAGCUUAGAUUUUGAUGCCAUAAGAACGAAAGAUUUCUGUGUUAAAAGCCUAUUCUAUGAUGUGCUUUUUGUGAUUUGUUUUCUAUUUCUUGCUUUUUAUCUUGUCUUUUUUUCCUUUUGCGACUGUUUUAACAAUAAUUAUGUUUCUUGUUACUAUUUCUUGUUUCUUCUAAAGUUCAUUAACUUUUAUCCCGAGCGACAGAAAACAAAAAA